ACACCAGAUGUUUACGUGUAUCGUUAAAUUGCGAUCAAUGUAGCGAAUAAUAUAUUUAUGAGCCACGAGGGAGUUUAAGUAAUUUCAAUCUGCGAUGGAGAGCAGAGCAAGUUUGCAGGGAAGCAUGAACCAAAAAUUAACGAAAAAAAAUAUUAGUGAUCUUUUAAAAAAUAACGAACUCUAAAAAUAAAAUAAAAUUUCGGUCAAUCGUCAGAGUGGUCUUAUGAUGUACAAAAUUUUGACCAAACUUUUAUUGAUUAUAAAAAAUGUCUAAAUUUCAGGCCUAAAAAUUUUUUAAACGUCAAACGUCAAAAUUUUCUACCCAAUGCAAGAAAUUACAAAAAAUUUCAAGUUUUGUUUUCAUUCUAUAGAUAUUUAAUCUACAGAGAUGGAGUGUAUUUUUAUUCCCAAAGAUUUUACCAGCUGGUUCUUUUAAAAAAAAUCAAUAGAAUAAAAGACCUAUUCAAUUAAUUUGUAAACAUUCUACUCUAUUGUCAAAUUUAAAGUAGCCAAUCAAAUUACAGAGAUGGUGUCACGCGCCAAAUUUUAAAAGCUUGUCUUGUGAUCGUAAAAUUAGAAUUAUGCGGAAGGUGAUAAUAAGUAAAUUCUUUUUUUCUAAAAAAGCUCUCUUGGGAGUGACAGCUCAAGUUUUUUAUUUGUUGCGCCUCGUUUUAAAAUAUUUAUUCUCUCUUUCAAGAAACAACAACGAGGCCAUCCUCGCAGUCAAGAAUUCAAGAAGUAUCAAGAUCGAGGCUGUUUAUUUAUUGUCGUAAAGUUUUGGUCUCAUUUUCGUUUUCAACCUCAUUAUGAGUUUCAAUCAAAGUUUUGGAGAUUGCAUCAACAUCACGGUGUCAGUACCACGUUCAAGUUUUUAUCAAGGCUCACCUGAUGUUAAUGGGAAUACCCAAGUUGUACCGGGAAAUGAUUUUACAAAUUCAAGUUUUGAAGACAUGGUCGUACCGGACAAUCAAUUCGACGCAGUGGAAACAGAAAGUUUUUAUGAUGACUUUUUUGGUUGCAUGAAAACUCCUGAUAAUCGCGCAAAGACACAGACCUACCGAUUAUCAUCCGCUGGAGAGUUGAGAAGAUUAAAAAAAGCAGCAACAGAGAGAAAAGCAGAUGAUUCUUUUAAAAAAAGAAGCCCUUGGCGGUUAAUUAUCGAAGAAGAAGAUAUUGUUACAAGCUCUCCUGUGUUUAAAAAGCCGCAGUCAUGUUUUAAUAACAAUUAUAUUAAAAAAGAUACCGAUGGUUUUUUUAAAUUUUUAGCAAAAGCAGGCUGGCGCGGAGGUAUUCUUGCUGGUCAAGAGUAUCUUGAUGAUUUGUACGAAAUUGCACGAAGUCGAAAUGACCCAAUGUUGUUGGAAUCCUUGGAAAGCUUCCUUGCAGCUACUAUUGAUAAUCUGCUACAAAAACAAUCUGAUAAUGAAAAGCUUGAUCAUGCCCUUAAAACAGCAACAGAAAAAAAUUCCGAAAUUGCCAAUCAGUUGGAACAAGAAAUGGAGCAACAAGUGGCCAUGUUGGAAGAAAAAAUAAGACAGGAGGAGCAACGGAAAUUAGACCAACAGAAAGAGGAAGCUAACCGCCAAAUUCUUUCAGCCCAAUAUGAAUUGCUUGAAAUGGAGAAAAAAGUUAAAGAGCUGGAAGAAAAAGUUGAAAGUAAAGCAAAUGAAGUAAAUGUGCCAGAUGAAAUAAUUGAUGAAAUUAAAAGAAAAGAAAAGGAAAAUGAAAUGCUACAGAAAAAACUCCUGGAGUUUCAAACACAGAUGGCAUUAAUGAGAACACAGGUGGCUGAGAUGAAGUCCGAAUAUGAUUCACAAAGCGAACGCCUAAUGAAUGAGCGCGGAACAGUUCUUGGUUGUGUACAGGAACAGGAAAAUCUUACAAGACAAUUACACUUACUACAUGAAGCGAACAAAAAACUUCAUGAUACAAAUGAUGACUUGCGCUCUGCUUUAGAUUCUCGAAAAUAUAACAGCUUUAUGGAACCCAGUAUCUCACCAAUUAAACGCUCAACUAGUGCUGGCGUCAGCAUGAGAAGACCAAAAGAUUCAUUUAGCUCCUUUAGAAGUGAUCCUGGGCGUCCUUUUUCUGCUAAUUCAUCUGUCAAUGAUUUUGAUGACACUGAUGAAGAUUCAAGAUCGAUUCUACCACAUGAUGAAGAAAUAAAUGAGGCUUCACUUUUAACAGAAUUAAUGGCAGUUGGCGACCAUAGGGCAAUUCCUGGUCAACCUAAACCUGGUACUAUAUUACCAAUAAAAGAUAUAGAAACAGAUUAUGUUGACCCUGAUGCUGUGACUCCAGAUUUUUUAGAAAACAAUGAUUCGUUUGACACGUCUGUCAUUGGUAGCAGGCAUGAAAAUCUCAGCUAUGCACCAGAUGCUUCCUAUCUUGAAAAUUCGAACAGUGACCGCGAGCAUUUCGUGAAACAACUUGAUGUUCUUUGCGAAACCAAUAAAAGGUUGGGUGAAAGUAACGAUGAAUUGCGACAAGCAUUGUCGAUUUUAUCAGGCCAGUUGAAAGCAGAUCAUGAGUGGAAACAAACUAUUGUAAGCAAUGGCAUUCAAUCUGCUCCUGUCACUCCGAUUAGAGCACAGUCAGUUACUAGUUCGUAUCAAGAGCGACCUCAAAGCACAAGCUCUCCACGCCGAGUUCUUCUCACCAAAAGUGGCCAUCACUCACUCUCACAGUCGCGUUCUAUGCCUGAUCUUUCAACGAGUUUUGACGACAAUGCUGACGAUGAAACUACCCAAGCUAGUACCACGCAAGCAGAAAGUACCACGCAAGUUGAAAGUACAGUAUUCAAUGAAACGAUGUGUACCUGUGAAAAUAACAUUCCAGAAGAAGGGUUUUCGAUGUGUGAUGACUGCUUACAUGAAGACUUGGUUACGUUUGAUGAAUCUUUUUCACUGAAUAGCGCUCCAAGCCAUACCAUUUACAGCGAAGCAGCUGAAAAUUCAAAACCGUGUUCGUGUGAUAAAAUACAAACCUGUGAUAUGUGUACACAAGUCAAUGAUGCAAGCUUAAACCCAGUAAAACUUGAUAAGUCAAUUCAAUGUGAGGUAGAAGAGGAGUUGGAACCUAAGGUAACUGAGUUAAAUGCAUCGAAUAAAAACAAUCAUAUCCGUGAAGAAGGAAAAUGUCAAUGUGAUGUUGAAGAAACUGAAAAUCCCAUGGAAAAAUCAACACAGAUCUCAGAUUUGCAGUUGUUUCAGACCAUGGAAGAUAUUCGUGUACCUUUUCAAACCCAUGAUGAAGAACGAUCUCCACCGCAGAUCUGUGGAAAAUGCCAAACAGAAAUUAAACAUCAUCAGACUGGCAUCGACGUCUGUUUAUGUAAUAACAAUCACGAUGACUCGAUUAACCAACUUCCAGAAUCCACCCUUCUCACUGAUUCAGACAGCAAUAACUACAGCGACCAAGAGACCACCCAACCAAGUUUUAGCAAGCGAGUCAAACCGAUCGGCGAAGACAGUGAUCAGGAUGCUACAUACGAGACAAAUUAUGGACUGACUGUUGACGACAGCAACGACAUGUCUACAUGGAUGAGUGACAUAAAUUCGUCCUUUUCUUUACUACAAAAUAUUGAAUCUGAGUUGAGUAUGUAUGCGCAACGCCAACCAGACGAGGAGAUUGAUGAGGAUGAUAUGGAUGAUGAAGAAUUAGUUCGUUUAGUUGACAAAACCAACGAGGAAGACUUAUCUGUAAGCGUCUCUGAGGACCCAAUCACAGUCGAAGAAAAAAUAUUGGAACCACGUGGCCCUGCUGUUGGCGCUGACACAUCCACUGAAUCGAUGUCGAGUGCAACUUCAGAUAUGGGAUCACGUGAUCAAAUGUUUAAGAUUGUUUUGGCGGGAAACGCAGCUGUUGGGAAGUCAAGCUUUAUCAUUCGACUGUGCAAAGAUAAAUUUUAUUCUGCAUUAAACUCCACAUUGGGAGUGGAUUAUCAAGUGAAGAAAAUGAAUGUUGGAAAUGACUCAAUCACGUUACAAUUGUGGGACACAGCUGGUCAAGAGAGGUUUAGAAGCAUAGCUAAAAGUUACUUUCGACGCGUGGAUGGUGUAGUUCUUCUUUAUGACGUCACAUGUGAAAACUCGUUCCUUGACGUACGUGAUUGGUUAGAAUCUAUCGAAUCCAGCGCAUCCCGUCGAAUUCCUGUAAUUAUAUGUGGCAACAAAGUGGACUUGCGUCCUGGAGCGGAGAAAUGCGGCAUGCCAGUUAUCUCAACGGAACAAGGAAGAAAACUUGCACUCAGUGUUGGUGCAAUGUUUAUCGAAUGUAGUGCUAAAGAUGGUACCAACAUUGAGAAAGCUUGUCGAGACUUGACAAAGCAAUUACAAGCAGCUGAAGACGAGUAUCUUCGUGAACCUGGCAUCACGCUUGAUGAAGAAACUCAACCGAAGAAAAAAACAGGUUGUUGUCGGAGUUGAAGAAGCAUCAUGAAAAGUUCUUCGAAGGAAUUUAUUAAUUUAUUAGCUUGUAAAUAAGAUUUUGUAAAUAAUUAUAUUGUAUAUAAAUUUUAUUCUUCAUGUUUUAAAGAGAGUGCGGCCGUCAAUCUUUUUUCCAAGUUAAAAUUUUCCGUGUUAAUUUUUUUUAAAAAUUCUGAUUUUCAUGCUGUAAAUAACAAACGCAGCCAUCUUUGUUUACUUUUUGUGACGUCACAUGCGCUGUUUUUCACUGGAUUGUAUUUUUUCGGUAAAAAAAAAAACAAAGGUUGUAUUUUUGGGUAGUGGUAAUUUGUAGGGGUUUGUGGUGUAAUAUUUAUAUAGCAAAAAAAAUAAACUAUUUUAGGUAUA